AUGGCCCCAUUGAUUAUCUUGAAGUUUUAUUUUUCUACAGAGGUGAAGUUUGUAAGUGCCUAUCGGUCAGUGAGGCAGAAGGAACGUGUGACCUUGAGGUCACCAAGGACACCUCGAAGGUCACUGUCAUCAUCUUCAGGAAAGGUUAAUGAAGCUGGUCUUCGUUACACCCUCCGUUCUAGUCCCGCUGGCUCUCCAGUCAUGCAGCGGAAACAGAAGCCACCUGUACCAGCCAAGCCAUCCUUGAAGACAAAUGGAAUAAAUGGAGGACAAAAUGGCAUCCCAGAGGAGUUGCUGGAAAAAUACAGAAUUGGCAACGUUAUUGGCGAGGGAAAUUUUGCAGUUGUCAAAGAGUGCACAGAGAAGUACAACAAGAGGGAAUAUGCUUUGAAAAUCAUCAGCAAGAACAAGGUGAAGGCCAAGAAACAAAUGAUUGACAGCGAGGUUUCCAUUUUGAGAAUUGUGAAGCACCCAAACAUCAUUCAGCUGCUGGAGGAAUAUAGCACAGAUAGAGAACUUUACCUGGUCAUGGAACUAGUCAGGGGUGGUGAUUUGUUUGAUGCCAUAUCCUCAGCUACAAAGUACACAGAGCGUGAUGCCAGUGGGAUGAUGUACAACCUAGCUAGUGCCCUCAAGUAUCUCCACUCUCUUAAUGUGGUACACAGAGAUAUUAAGCUGGAAAAUCUGCUGGUAUUUGAGCAUGAAGAUGGCAGUAAAUCGCUAAAACUUGGAGACUUUGGACUGGCCACAUUUGUGAAGGGAAAGCAGUACACAGUAUGCGGAACCCCCACUUAUGUAGCCCCAGAGAUACUGGCAGAGACUGGCUAUGGCUUGAAGGUUGACAUGUGGUCAUCUGGAGUUAUCACCUAUAUUCUGCUGUGUGGUUUCCCACCUUUUGUCAGUCAAUCCAAUGACCAGGAUGAGUUGUUUGACAAGAUAAUGGAGGGGACAUUUGACUUUCCGUCUCCAUACUGGGAUGACAUAUCAGAAUCUGCUCAGGACCUGAUCGAGGGUCUGCUACAGGUCGACCCAGGGACACGUAUGUCUGCAACACAGAUGUUGGAGCACCCGUGGGUUGCUGAUGACACGGCGCUGGACAAUGACAUGCACACCUCAGUUGCCAGGAAACUAAGCAUGCACUUUGAGAAAAGGCAAUCAAAAUUCCCAGAGCUUUCUCCAGGAGUCAAACUUGUCGCUAUGACCGCUUUGGACAAAGGUUCUCGGUUCUUUGAGGGCAGGGGUCAUUCACCUGUCCGCCAGCUCCAGCCAGUGGUCAAGCAAAACGGAUAUGACGACUACGAUGAUGACGAGAUCUUUUAA